GCAUGUGCAGGACGCGUCAGUGAUGGAGGAGAGAAGAUGGCGGAAGCGGAUUUUAAGGAGCAUCACACAAGUAUGGAUAACGAAGCAAACCCGGGAACGUCAUCCGUAUCUACAGCUCCUAGCAGUACAGCCACCGCCACAAUCAGCACUUCCUCCUCCAGAACACCACAACCACAGAUCUCUGUUUAUAGCGGCUCUGACCGACACGCUGUACAGGUCAUUCAGCAGGCCUUGCACCGCCCCCCCAGCUCAGCGGCUCAGUACCUCCAGCAGAUGUACGCGGCGCAGCAGCAGCACCUUAUGCUGCACACAGCAGCUUUGCAGCAGCAGCACCUGAGCAGCUCCCAGCUCCAGAGCCUGGCGGCCGUGCAGGCAAGUCUGUCCAGUGGGAGACCAUCUACAUCCCCUACAGGGAGUGUCACACAACAGUCAAGCAUGUCCCAGACAUCUAUCAACCUCUCUACUUCUCCUACACCUGCACAGUUAAUAAGCCGCUCCCAGGCUUCCAGUACUACCAGCAGCAGUAUUACCCAACAGACUAUGUUACUAGGGAGUACAUCCCCUACCUUAACGGCAAGCCAAGCUCAAAUGUAUCUACGAGCUCAAAUGCUGAUUUUCACACCCGCUACUACUGUGGCUGCUGUACAGUCUGACAUUCCUGUUGUCUCCUCGUCAUCGUCACCUUCCUGUCAGGCGGCAGCUACUCAGGUUCAGAAUUUAACGUUAUGCAGCCAGAAGUUGGGUGUAUUAUCUAGUUCGCAGAAUGGCCCACCAAAAAACAGUAGUCAAGCUCAGUCAUUGACCAUUUGUCAUAAUAAAACGACAGUAACCAGUUCCAAAACCAGUCAACGAGACGCUUCUCCAGAAAGCAAUAAGAAAGGAGAGAGUCCCAGUUUGGAAUCUCGAAGUACAGCUGUUACACGGACGUCAAGUAUCCAUCAGUUAAUAGCCCCAGCUUCAUAUUCUCCAAUUCAGCCUCAUUCUCUAAUAAAACAUCAGCAGAUUCCUCUUCAUUCACCACCUUCCAAGGUGUCCCAUCACCAGCUGAUUUUGCAGCAGCAGCAGCAGCAGCAGCAGCAAGUCCAGCCACUCCCCCUUCAGAGUCCGAGUCAGGAACCCCCCGCCUCCCAGCACUGUGUACCCGUGCCGAGCCACGGCCUCCCGGCAGCGGCGCCGAGCAGCGCCCAGGCCCAGCACUGUUCACCCCUUCAGAGCCACCCGCCUCCGCUCCCGGUGUCCCCUCCCCAGCCCCAGGCAGCGCAGCAGUCGGUUGUGGUUUCUCCCCCACCGCCCCAUUCUCCCAGCCCAUCUCCUGCGAUCAUCAUUCAUCCACAAGCACUUAUUCAGCCCCAUCCUCUUGUGUCCUCAGCUCUCCAGCCAGGGCCGAGCUUGCAGCAGCCCCCCACUAAUCAGGUGCAGUCGGCCGCCCAGCCGCUGAAUCUUCCAUCUCAUCUCCCGCUUCCAGCCUCCCCUGUGGUGCACUUGGGGGCCGUCCAGCAGUCCUCCCUGGUGUCCCCGGGGCCUCAGAUUGUCUCUCCCACCGCACAUCAGCCGUACUCCACACUGCAGUCUCCUCCGAUCCCACUGGCAGCACCCCCCCAGUUGUCGACAUCUCCUCCAGCCCAGGUCCCAGCACUGCCCUUGCAGUCUGUGCAGCCUGAAAUUCUAUCCCAGGGCCAGGUCUUGGUGCAGAACGCUUUGGUGUCCGAAGAGGAGCUUCCCGCGGCAGAAGCCUUGGUCCAGCUGCCCUUUCAGACUCUUCCCCCGCCACAGACUGUUGCGGUCAACCUGCAAGUGCAGCCACCUGCCCCCGUUGAGCCACCAGUGGGAAUGCAUUUGAACCAGUGUCAUCUGCACAAAGUUUUUUCUCUUAAGGUUUACCAAGUAGAGGAUGUGUGUGAGGAAGAAAUGCCUGAAGAAUCAGAUGAAUGUGUCCGCAUGGACAGAACCCCACCACCACCUACUCUGUCUCCGGCAGCUAUAACUGUGGGCAGAGGAGAGGAUUUGUCUUCUGAACAUCCUUUGUUAGACCAAGUGGAUCUCCCUGCAGUGGCAUCAGUCAGCGCAUCUGUGAUUAAGUCCCCGACAGACCCUCCCCACGCCUCUGUCCCCCCGCCUCCACUUCUGCUUCCAGCCGCUGCCACACGGAGCCAUGGCACGUCUCUGCCCAGCAGCAUUCCUAAUGUAGAAAACAGACCUCCCCAGGCUAUUGUGAAACCGCAAAUCUUGACCCACGUUAUCGAGGGCUUUGUGAUUCAAGAGGGCUUGGAGCCAUUCCCUGUAAGUCGUUCAUCUUUGCUAGUAGAACAGCCUGUGAAAAAAAGGCCCCUUUUGGAUACCCCAGUGAUGAGUGGCAUGUGUGUCCAGGCAGAGCUCCAGAACAAUACAAAACAUGCUGAUAACUCAUCGGACACCGAGAUGGAAGACAUGGCUGCUGAAGAGGGAUUAGAGGAAAUGGACAGCGAGUUGCUCAAGUGUGAAUUUUGUGGGAAGAUGGGAUAUGCUAAUGAGUUCCUACGUUCAAAACGAUUCUGCACUAUGUCAUGUGCCAAAAGGUACAAUGUUAGCUGUUCCAAGAAGUUUGCACUUAGUCGUUGGAAUCGGAAGCCUGAUAAUCCAAGCGUUGUGCAUAGUGGCCGUCGUCCAAGUGGACCUGAUGGGGCACCACGAGAACAUUUUCCUAGGCAGCUUCCCAUUACUUAUCCAUCUGCAGAAGAAGGCUUGGCUCCUCACGAAGAGCCUGUGCCAACUGCUAUGAUCACUCGUCUGCGAAGGCAGAGCGAGAGGGAACGAGAGCGUGAGCUGCGGGAGGGCCGGCUCCGGAAGGCGCCUGACAACAGUGACUUGCUCCCGGUGGCACAGACAGAACCAUCAAUAUGGACAGUUGAUGAAGUGUGGGCCUUCAUCCAUUCUCUGCCAGGUUGUCAAGAUAUUGCAGAUGAAUUCAGAGCUCAGGAGAUUGAUGGACAAGCCCUUCUCUUAUUAAAAGAGGAUCACCUUAUGAGUGCAAUGAAUAUCAAGCUAGGCCCCGCCUUGAAAAUCUGUGCACGGAUCAAUUCACUGAAAGAAUCUUAACAAGAAUGUGAGGUUUUUGAGAUGACAUUUUUGCUUUUCUCAAAUUUGUAACGUCGUAAGCUAAUGUCUACUCAACAGGUUACUUUUACUGCAGUGUUGGGCAAAAUACAUUGAAAUCUCUCACAGCAUUCAUACCCUCUCCUCCAGAUCCAGGAACCUACGAAGGCUUCCAAGAAGCCAACAUUCCUAAAAGAAAUCUUAUGGGUUGGUGAAGUACAGAUACCCCCUGAAGGCAUGGUGAGCUAGAGGGUAGCACAAGGAAAAGGAGGAUGCACAGCCACUCUCAGCCGUAGUAUAGAAUGUGCUGGGGAGGAUGCUUGGUGCAUGGAUUGAUGGAAGUGAAUCCUCUUCAGAUUCCCCUUCGGCCGGAUUUAGGUUGGCCUCAAAGGCAAGUUUCAGGUAAUAGAAGAACGUGUCAGCAGCAAUGAUAGAAGUAUCAAAAAUGAUGUCAUAGAACAUUCAUUCUGAGUUUUCCAGGCUUGUGAACCCCCUGGAGAGGGUUGUUGUCUUCACAGGGACUAGAAGUUGGGAGACUCGAGUUCUUUCUUGACUCACCAUUGAUUGACAUACUGUGUGGCUGAGAAAAAAAGUAAUUUUCCGUGCUGCUUCUCUAAGCAAAAUGGAGUUAUAAUACUUGCCCCCAGCUAAGAGAUGUUUUAAAAAACAUAGGGAAGGUAAGCUGUAGAAUGUGUUUUAAAUUAUUCAGAAAAAAAAGCUGCCAACUAAGUGCACGAGGGUAAUAUGAGUUAUGUAAUAUAAAAGCUCUAUAUAGUAUUUUUGAUAAUUUUAUGUAUAGUAGAAAAUGGAAAUUUCCCAUUCUGUUCUUCAAAAUGCAGAAGUACUGAUCCGGCAGUGUUAACAAUAGCCAGACAGCGCUCAGCUCGCUGCAGCUUUUUGGGUUCACGGGCUGGAAGGCAUAACAUCCUUGAGCCUCAAUGGACUAGUGCCCCAGCACUGCCAGGCAGGCAGCAACGACGAGCAGGCAAGCUGCAUCGCUGUUUUGGGGAUGUUUGUAAUGGAGCAACAUAUCGGUACUAGGAAGAACGGAACUUCUCCUUUUCCUUUAGUAAUUGACAUAGCAUUUGCCAGGCGACAACUCCUGGAUGUUCCUGGCUUUUAAACAUCGGAGCUAUGAACUGCUCUUGUGUGCCACAAGGACAAAAUGGGUUUUAAAAAUUCAAAUAUCCCAAUUCAGAAAGUUAGAGUUCUGCAGUGUUACAGAAAGCAGUGCAAAUUCUGUUGAAUAAUAAUGAUAAAUCACGAGCAUAUAUGUAUGUAAAUAAGAGAUGGACACACACACGUGGUGCGCGUGCACAUCACAAAAUUUUGGAAAUGGAGUUGUUGGUUUUUUAAUUAUAGUCACGUGACACUUGGGGCAAAGUACCAUGUAUUGAUUUUCUCAUCCUCCCUCACUGUGCGAACAGCCCUGUCCUUGUUGCCCGGGACGAAUUUAUAUGGCUCUUUUGAGGGAGCACAUGCAGGUAUCUGGCAUAGGUUCAGUUGGGCAGUGAAAAUGAAUUCCAGGGUUUCAGCUGGUUCCAGUGCUCUUUUCAGAAAGAUUACUUUAAGCUAGUAUAAGACUAAAGAUAUCACAGAUAUUUAUCUUUUGGCUUUGUGUACCUUAGAGGUUAUUUUUAUACAGAAACACAGAGGGUAAUUUUUUUAAUCUUUUGGGAUUCUUUUGUGUUGUAAUAAUGUUUAAAAAAAAUGCUUACUGAUAGUUAUCUUUGUCUAGGAAUAGCAAGGCUCAUCUUCCUGGCCUACAGUAGUUUAUAAUGGAGGCUUUUUUGUCUUAUCAAACCUUUAAUUAGUAGGUGAAAGUUUGAAGCAGAACACCUGUGUAAUCUCAUUAUGCUCAGUGGUAGGAAGCUGCAGCCCAGAAAAGUUGUCUAUUUGGCUUUAAAAUGCCUCCUCCCCCCCUUCCUUCCUUCCCUUCUCCCCACUAGAUUUACCUCUGAAUCAUUCCCUGACUGCACAGAGCAGUGGGGAGAAAAGGAGAUGGGGGAGGGGGAGGGGAGAGGGUCCUGAGUGUCAGAAGUUUGCCACCAUUGGGGGAGACACUGACUGCUUCUUGCCAUAGUUCAUUGUCCUCUGUCUGUGCUUGAGAUGAUUUAGGCACCAGCUGGUUGGUCACACUCUGGAUCAGUGAGCUAAGAGCAAUCCUGUGAGAUUGGAGAAUGCCUCUUGGGACAUGUUGCCAGGUAGUUAAGCUGUAUGGUGUUUUAUAUACAUGUAUACAUACAUAUAUAUAUAUAUACACACACAUAUAUGUAUAUGUAUAUAGGGAGAGAGUGUGUGAGAGUGUGUAUGCUAUAUAGCAGUAUGGUGGUGUUGAUCAUGCUGUAGUCAGCUGUUUUUCUUGAGUAACCAUCAAAAAGUAUUACCCACUAGCCGUGGUUAGCACUUUGCUCCAAACGCACCUGGAGCUACUUAACUCCUCAUAACAAAUCUUCCCUUUUCUCACAAAACAAAACAAUAACUUCAACAUAAACCACACAUUUGCUUCUUUAAACAAACUUUAAGGAGAAUUGGCUCAUUUGCUUUCAACAGAUACUGUUUCUUCCUGAAUGAUUUAGGUAUUAUAACUUCCAUAGCUUUGCACCUACAUAAUACAUAGAAAACAUAAAACAAAAGAUUUUACCUUCUUCCAUGUCUUAAAAUAAGCAUAGCAAUCUAAUUCUGAAUUGGCUCUGUAGGUAAAUUAAUUUUAUAUUAUCUUAGAGUACUGUUGUCUCUGAGUUUUUAAUGGUGCAGGUGAGCUACUCAAGGACACAUAUAUUUUUCAAUUUGCACCCACCUCUCCCCCCAAAAAUAAUUUGAGCUCUUGCCUGAUUUAAGCUGUGAAUUGUUCUUGAGGAAGAAAUGAUAAACUGGGAGAGAAAAUUUACUUUUAAGAUGUGUGUGUGCAGAUCUCAUACAAUGCAUGGUGUGUGGUGCAGCACGAGGAGAGCACCAUCUUGAAACGUCUUUAUGGCUGCCAGUCUGCUGUCGUCAGAUGGUGCCUUUAAACUGGCCUGGCCCCAAUUACUCUUAGAGUGGUGGGCAGUGCCGGUCAGGGGAGUUAGAGAUGUGCUGGUGAAAAGAAACAGAGAAUGAGGAGGACAGAGAAGGGAAACUGGGGAGUUUCAACUCCCACUGUGUUCAGCCAACAUCACAUGGAGCACAGGUGCCCAGAACAAACUCCCUCACUGUGAAAUGGAGGAGUCAUGUGGCACCUGUUUCUUCAAUGCAAAGGGUGUUUUUUUUUUUCAAGCAUCCCAGUGUUUAUUUUCAGCUUCUCUUGUGGAUUGAAACAGUAGAACAGAUUGAAGUGGUGUGCAAGUACACGAACAGUUUUUGACGCAUCAAUUCUCUGAAGUUAUCAUAAGCCUCCUAUUCAAAAACAUGCUUAGGAUGAAAUCUGACACUGUGCGCUGUGUCUCAUUUAGUGAAAUAUAGUAAAAUCUUUAAGCAACAUAGAGAUGAUUGUGGUGGAGGAACUGAUAGAGAUGCUUACACAGCCUCAAACCAGUUCAGGACUAAGCCAGUGUAGAUAGUUGGUAGCAUCUUCCUAGAGUCCUAUCUAGCUCACGAAAUGACGAGAUGAAUGAACUUGCUGCUCUUUGCUGCUUAAAAGGGAGGUGGGGGCCAGAAGCAGUGUGUUGGCACCUCAGGAGCUGUUGGUGGGCUUUCCUCACACAGGCUUUAGUGACCAACUUAGGAUUGGUGAAUUGUGAGAACAAAUCCUACUUACUGGCCACUGUCAUCGAGCUCAGAGAAUGGACUGAGAGGUUCUCACUCACCUGUCACAUUCUGGAAAAUUCCUAGUCUCUUCAGCAUAAAAACCCUAAAGAGAGGAUUUUGUGAAAGAAAUUUCAGACUGUAGUGAUGGGUAGCCUCCAGUAAAAUAUUUGGGCAAAGUGUAGACAUGCCCACUUAAGCAAACUGUUUGCUCAUUGUAUUUCUUGGGGUGGGGUGUGUGUGUGGGGGGGGGGGUUUAGGUGCUGGGGAAAAUUGGCAAAAAAAAUCCUUGAUUCAAAAACUAGAGUACAGUGCACAGGAUUAUAGAUUAAAAGUUUGGAAAGGGCCUGAGGGGUCAUCUAGAUACCCACUUCCACUCUUCAGGAAUCAGCUAUAAUCAGCAAGGAUACUUUAAUUGAAGUACUUCAGGGAUCUCUUUUCCUCAAGGUGGAUGCUGCCUCCAUUGGGCACAUCACGAUGCCAUGCCCUCAUCACUGUUGACCACGCCUCUCCAAACUUGAGCUGGCCUCUGGGCACAAUAUAUACUCACCUGUCCUUCAAGCUUUUGGACUUGGUAGGAACUGCCAAAUGUGUGUCCCAGUCACCUUCAUGCCUCGUUGAGGCUUCAGAGUAGGAAUUGAAUGAGAGCAAAGGAAAGAUGCUUAAUGUAAUCUUACUAGGAGUUAUUGACAUUAUUGGAACAUUAAAUGGAAAAAGAUGACAGCCACUACAGCAGAGAAGUUCUGACACUCAGAGCUUAAUUUUUGCAAUUUUUAAUGUGUCAGACUUUCAAAAAUUAGUUUAAGCCAUCUCAUACAACGAGAUUGUUUCAGGUUCUAGGAUGGCAUUUUUGAUGCUAAGUUGUAGUUGUAUCUGUGAGGUGAUGGGCUGAAAAGACCUCAGUUUUCUCUGUAUUUUGCUAAAUAACUUGAUUUUUCAGAGUAAAACCUAUUAAAUUCAGGAAGUGUAUAGAAGACUUGUAGUAUUCAGUGAUAUAAGUAUUUGGCAAGUAUUUGCCUUUGAGUUCCUCUUCAUAAAUCUGAUUUUUAAAAAUCAGUAAACAUACAGUAUUUUAAGCCUAUUAAAAUUUAACCAGACUGCUAAAAGAUGCCCAAUUUGUAAGAAACAUCUUUGAGUUCCAUGUGAGCCUCCCUUUUCCCUGAAUGAGUAUGAUUGUGUCGGUAAAAUUAGCUCCCCAGUUUCUUCCCAGGUGGCAGCCUAAUUCGCUGCUUUGAGGCACUUUGGCAGUAAAAUUGGUCUUAGUUGCACUAUCUUGUGUUACGAAGUUUUUCGUUAUGGUUUUUGUGUGACUUUUAAAAAGUAUCAUCCCACCCUAGAGAAAACAGGUUUGUGAAUUCCUUUGUGGUCCCUUCCAGGCUUUGAGAGCUGCAAAUCCUCCCCUCCCUCCUCCUUAAUGCACAACGUUCCUUCUUAGCAUUGGAAGUCCUGUUUCCUUUCUGAAAAUGCCCUUCUUUGGAUACUGAGCAAAGCCUACUUUCACACAAAGGUAGAGAUUUGUGGGAUCAUUUUGCCUGUUGUGUUUAACUGCCUCCUCUUAUUGUCUCCUAAAAUUUUUGUAGAAGAUAAUGAUGACAUGGUGGCCCGCUGUGGGGUGCGGAAGGUAGUGUAGGAUAAAAGGCAUAGAAUGGGAUUCUGCCUAGGGGCUUUUACUUCAGAAUAAUACUUUCAUCACUGUCACCCUGUUCUUUUGGAAUACCUUUCAAAGGUGUAGUUAUUGUUUUUCCAGGGAAUGGUACACCGUUUCUGUAAACAGAGCCAUAAGUGUCCGUGCAGGGGAAUUUAAAAUGUUAAAAAGUAGCCAACUAGAAAUACAAUGUUUUAAAUAGAGUAAAGGUAAAAUGGGUUUAAAUGUAAAGCAUUAUAUAUAGGUACCAUAUAGUUUUAAACUAUGAUGUUUCUAAAUAAUAUAUAUGUGUAUGUAUGUAUGUAUGUAUGUAUGUAUGUAUGUAUGUAUGUACACACACACAGAGUAUAUUAAGGUUCAUAACAGCCUCAUAGUGAUGAUGGUUUAAGUAGUCAUCAUAGAGGUUAAUGUGUAUGAUGUAUAGUUAAAAUAGUUUCUUGGCUUAAAAACUACUUUAUAAUCAUUAUUGAAUCCAUAGACUUUUAUCAUAGAUUUUUAAAUUAAAUGAAGUAAGAACAUCAAGGCUUUUACUGAAGAUGUGCGGAAUUAAUUAACUCCAUUUUUCAUGUUGACAUCAGGAGAAUGUUUCAGCUUAAGUCUUGUGGUUAAGGAAACUUGUCCACUUUUUAAACUUUUUAAAAAUUAACUUUUCCUUUUUCUUUUUUGUUCAUAUUUUUAGCCAUUCUAAACUGUUGCCAAGUAAUUUCUUUAAAACUAUUCAUGCUGGUAACAGUGAUGAAUGGAAACAGUCUUAGACUGGUUACAGGUCAUAAAAUGGCAUAUUUUGUAAAUUCAUUGAUUUCUUUUUUAAAUGGUUCUUUUUGUGGGUUAGGAGAGUUUAUUUAGUGUCCAUGUUUUGUAUAGACAUGACUUACACUCCACAGGUUGGCAGUCUCAGUGCUAACAGAGAUUCACCCAAACAUUUACAAACAAGUUCACGAGGUCAUUUUUCCAAACACCAUUGGUAUUUUGAGCUGUAUAAUGCAUGUACCUUGCCGUGAAUGCAUUGUUCAUCAUGGCAGAUGAAAAUUUACGUGCAUUUGCUCUACCGGGAGAGAAGAGAGUUCAAGGUCAGAUAGGUUUGAGAACUAUGUGGAGAUAAAUGGAAGGGCCUGGCUGUGUUCUCAGUUGGGCAGCAGCUUAGGUCAUUGGGUCAUUAGGUCACCUGCCAGAUGUACUGUGUGAGUCAAGAAGAAAAAGUCAAAAUGUAGGAAAUGGUUUUUAUCACGGACUGAUCUUGUUCUUGUGAGAGUUACUCUUCUUCUAUUUGUUUUCUGUGCUUGUUUUCCCUGCUUCCGCUCCCUUAUUGUUGCUAUGUUAGCCCAUCCUCAGGCUUUAAUUAGUCUUGGUUUUGGUGAGUCUUUCCAUUAUCUCUACCCGAGGUGGUUUCUUUGCGGCACCCUGCAGUUCUGCUACAGAGAGAAUUUUUAACAUUGUAAUUUGCUAAGUCUAAUUUUUCUAAUUUUCUUGCUAGUUUUAAUUCCUCCAUUAAUUAUUUGAAUGAAUAUGGAAUGAUGCACUUGAAUAUCUAUGAAUGUUUUUUUAGGUUGUUACUCCUAUGUGCAUUUUUUCUUUUUCUUCCAUUCCAUCAUUAUCUUUUUGGUGAGCUUUAAUUUUAUUUUGAGAUUCUCUGAAGGUUUUGUUCUUUUUUCAGUUUAUAUUAAUUUUGAGGGGUGUUGUGAGGCUUUGCUCCCUGCAGCAUUAUGCUCUGCCAUCUUCUAACAGUCUGUCUUAAAAAAGUGUUAGGCAGCAAUGCAAACACGCCCUUUGGUUGGUGUCUCUUAGUUGCAUUUUCCCUUGACGUACUUUACUGCUGCUUUACUGACGUGGGUGGGGUCCUUGCUGAGUGGCCAGCAGGGUGACUGGGUCUGCUGCUGAAUACUGAGCAGAUUACAAGGGAUGACGACAGAAGUGGAAUGCAGGGCAUUCUUCAGAGGUGGAAGUGGGGCCGGCAGAAACCACCGAGCUGCUCCUGGCCCACUGGUCGAGAAGGCUUACGUGAGAUGACAAAACCAAGUUACAAAAGCUAGGGGCUUGAAUUGGAGAAACAAAAUUGAAUGAAAAGUAUUCCUUAGGCAGAGUUAUUUUUAGCACUUAACCCCGAGCUGUGUACACACUGCCAUUCUGAAUAAAAGCAUCGGCCUGGCCAACUGUACUUUUAAAAGAAGUAAGUCAUUGCAUUUCAUUCCUGUCUGGCAACUUUUACAAACCUCAAGAAUAAAGUCAAGAAAAAGGAUGAAAUGGAUGAAUAAUGGAAAGUUAUUUUAAAGUGCCCCAGUUUUUUUCCUUAUUAUCCCAUAGAAGGUCCCUUCAGGGAGCCAGGAAGCACAGGAGUAUUUCCUACUGAGAUCAGCCUCCGCUUCUCCUUCUCCCUCUCUGGAGAGGGCCGAGUCUGUCAGAAUGGGCAUUGAAGGCAUACGGUAGAAACCCAGGUUUUAUGGGAUAACCUUUUGCUCAUUUGCCCUUACUUGAUGCGAAUGUGAAAUUAUCUUUAAAAGCUUCAGUUUAUACAUUUGUGGAUCUUCACCUGUAAUCUAAUCUUUUAUACUGUCUAGUGCAUCCGAUUGUACUUGGCAAGGUCAUUUUGAGCUUUUCAAAAGCCCACUAAAUUGCAUAGAUCCAGCACGGUAUUUAAAAUGUCUAAUUUUCAGCAUAUAUGAAUUAGGAUUAGACUAGAUUCUCAAACUCCUUGUACAAAUAUUUGGUCCAUUUUCUCACAAGCAAAAAAAAAAUUCUUCUCUGUAAAGUGAGGUUCAUUAUUAUGGCAAUCAGUGUAAAGGGAUGGAUACAGAUGGUGGUGCCAAACAUUUCAAGCUUCAAACAGUGCACUGCCUCCUCCUGUUGAAUCAACACAUUUUACAACUCCAUUUAAAGCUGUUUGCAAGGAAGCUUCAAGCACAUUCUGAGCUCAUUCCUCCCCUUGUUCUGCAACAGGAUACUUAUAUUAUAAAAGCCUCAUAAUGGGAUGGGUGAUCCAGCAAGGAUGAGCAAAGCGUCAUGAGAUGUAAAAUUAUCUAUAAAAAACAAGACAUUUUAAUAUAUUUGCAAAAAGCAAAUGUUAAAAUUAUAUAUAGGUGUAUUCUUUACCAUGUAUUGUAUUGGAAUAUUCUUUACCAGAAAAUGAAACGAUAGUUUUAGCAUUGAAUAGGAUAAUUAGAUUAGUGUCUAUAGCUCAACUUUUAAAAUGUAUAGCCUGAAAAUGAAGUUAAAAUAAUUUUACAGUAUAAGAGCACACCAUGAUCUAUGUAAAACAGAUUAUGUCCAUUUGAUGUAUUUUUUUAAAGAAAAGGAAAAAAAAGCACUUUCAUAUUAACAAGUAGCAUGUGAAUGAACUUUAGAGUUUCAUAUUUGUUGUGGAUUGUAGCAAAAGUGAAGUAAAAAUUUAGCAUUCAUGUGUCUGUUGGUGGCAACACAGCUAUUGAACGGAAGCACCUUAUACUCUGCUGCUUAAACUCGCUUGUAAUUGCACCUUUUGGGACCUGCACAUUUUCGUAUAGAACAUUAUUGUAACAUUUCCUCACAAGGGUUUGGGUAGAGACUUAGUGGGCCUACAAAAUCACUUAUUUAUAUUGUUUAUAUUGCAAUAAUAUAUCGUAGACCAGUUGUAAGUUCAUUGCUUCAUAAAUAAACACUUCUUUCCAUUUG